GGUCAUGACGCCAACACCUGCGGACGGCUCCUACGGCCGAUGGCACCGCUACAAGGCAGCGACCGACGCCGUGCUUACGUGGCUCGAGCGCGCCGCGUUCAAAGCCUCCAAGAAGGCAAAGUCAAAGUCGAAGCUGAAGGCGCCCAUUGACACGUGGACGACCGGCCAGAUCUGGGCCGCCGCCGUCGCGGUCGCCGAGGCCGGCGUCGCCGUCCCACGCGAUGUCUGGCGCCGCCUUGCGACGAGUAUUCGCCUGCGCUGGCAAGCGACCAAGUGCUUGCCGCGCGACGACGGCCAUCUGCACUUUCUCACUUUGCUCCGGGCCAUGCAGGCCACGCUGACCCCGGACCGUCCAUCGCCAUCGACCGCCGCCACCGACGAUCUCUCCAACACAUUUGAAGCAUUGGCGCUGGACGGCGACGACGAUACGAUCGAUGCUUCUAUGCCAGCGUUUGAUGUGGCGGCGUUCGUGCCGCCUGCCGCGCCGACGUCGCAAGAGACAGCGCUCGCGCAGCUCGAAGCCGAUCAGUUUCGCGCGACGUGCUUUCUCCAGGACCUCGACGAGCUCUUGGACGAGGUCGAUGCUGUCUGGGCCGCGUUUCAGGACGGCACAACGUCGCUUGUCGCUGCGACGAUCGUCACCAACCACGUCGUCCACGUCGCCCAGUCGCUCGCGUCGACGCUGACACUCGAGCUCCCGUAUCUCGGUUCGUUCAGUACCAUUGAUGUGCUUGUGAGCAAUAGCGACGCGCUGCGGUCGCUUGUGCUCCAACACGGCGUGGGCCUUGCUCACGCGGUCGCGGUGUGCGAAUUCAUACGGCGCUCUACGGUCAUCAACACGAACGAGUACGGAACGGGCCUCGCCGCGCGUUUUGCAGCAUCCGAAGCAGAGGCCAAGGCGCUCGCAGCGCUCUUCACGGCCGACGCGACGGCGCCAGCACCAGGUGUGGCGCAAAUGCGGCACGGCAGCGAUCUCUGCAGCGUGCACUACGCGUAUGCGUACACGUCGAGCAUGCUCUGGCUUGACGACGACGACAUUGCGCUCGAUACAAGCUGCAUGCGCUCGCUGGCACACGCGUUUGUUGCGCAGGUCGCACCUCGUUUGCGGAUCCUCGCCGACAAGGAUAUGUUUGCGCUACCGCCCGAGUUGGCGGCCGUCAGCCCUUUGUGGUCGCUCUUGAAGAAGCGCAGCCGCGGUGGCGUUGUCGACAUGGCGCUCGUCGUCGCGACCCACUGUCUUUUGAAAGCCAUGCUGCUCGUUACCGACGCCUCGCUCGCUUUCACGGUGACGCGCGCGCUCAAGCAGCAGUACAAGUCGACCCUCUUGCGCAUGCAACGUGACAAGGCGGGCGGCAUCAAUACCUCGAUGCUGCGCUCGAUGUCGGGAUGGUACGUCAAGAUCCUGGGCGUGACGUCGACCAAGUUGCGCCUCUUCCCAUCCGAGGCGGUGCGCGAUAUGUGGUGGUUCAACCCGUACAUGGCUGGCCAAUGCCUCCUCACGUCGUCGACUGUCUUUACGGGUCUCGCCGGGCACCUGCUGCUCAAUGACGUGGGCCAAGGCCGGCUCGUGCUCCAUCUCUACAAUGCGCUGUGCAUUCAUAACCGGAUCUUGCCUAUUGUCGAGCUCGAUAUGCUUCUCGACUUGCUCGCCCGAGACAAGCACGUCUUCCCGACGGGGAUCCCGACGGCGCCAGGGCAAUUCGUCGCCGCUUUUGAGCUCUCGAGCGGCUUUGCCUUGAACACUGUGACCAAGGCCAUGCGCGCGUCGCCCGACCGUGCGCUCGAGACGCUGCGUGCGAACGCUGCCCACCGUGAGAAGCAAGACCGCCGCAGCAACCUCCAGAAGGCCCUCGGACGAUCCAUCACGCGCCAUCGCGACGUCGUGGGCACGAGCUUCUCGGACCUGAGCCACGCGUACCGAUAUGCUACCUGCAUGCAGCCGCUGCCCGUGCGCGACGGCGGGACGCUGCCAGAUCUCCGCAAACUCUGGCGCGUGGCCGACGACGAGUGGCGCCGGUUCAUCCAGCUCGAUUUGAUGGCGAUGAGCACCGUCUUGACCGACGUGGCCAAGGAUAUCGCAGCGGAAAUGAUGCCAAUGCUGUCCAAAGUGCCCGACCUCAGUGUCGACAACAUCAUUCCGCGCUUGUUCCAUUCAGGCCGACUGCUCCUCUCAUGGUGCGAUCUAAGCAGCCUCGAGCACGAGCUGCUGCGGAACGCUGCGAGCAUCAUUACCGCGUCGAGUAGCAAGCUCCAGGACGCCUACAUUGUGCCACGCUCGUCGUAAUAACACCAAUCGUAGAGUCCUCUUGUAGCUC